GUCGGGUCUGUGCGCGUGCGCCACCUUUGACAAGUCCGCAUGCGCAGAAAGUGCGAGAGUGACUCAGUAGGAGAAGUGCAAAGACUGUGCGUGGGUUAAUGUGUGCGUCACUGAACAAAAACCACAUACACACCCACUCUCAUAACAAAUACCCAAUUGAUCACCUGUAAUGCCCAUGUACAGCUGUGUUGUGUGCAUCUUGGUUGCAAAUUACUCUUAUUCUAAGAGAAAUUAAACUCUUUGGAUGGAACUGAUCGGACCCUGUGUUUUGACUGACACCCCCUGAGCAAGGCUGGAUAUCAGACCUCACCUAAUACAGUCUUUUUAGUCACACUCCAAAACAAUGGUCCUUCGAGCCGGAUCUGGCAUUUCUCAUGGACAAAGAAUUAAUCAGUAGCAACAUGCAAUCAGAAGAAGCAUCUGCAAAGGUAGUAAGACCCAAACGUCAGGUUCAUCCUCCUGCCUACCUUAAAGACUAUGACCUCACGACUGUACAUCAAAGACAAGUCAGUCAGCAAGUAUCCCCUCACACAACACAGUGUACACAAGGGCAUGGAGAUGGUGCAGAAAACAUCCUCUCACUUUCUUCAAGAGUAUCGAGUCCGAUUAGUCAAGGUCCAUGGGACACCUUGGAUGAAUGGCCGGAUGCCUACGAGAGGGAACAAUCCUUUCAGAAUGUGGAUGGCACUAAACUGCAGCCACCUAGUCCCAGUUACACCCCACUGCAGUCUAUUCGCCAUCAGCAGCCUUCUCCAUAUUACCGGCCAUGGGAAGUUCAGCAGCCCACUCCUUUACCACAGACAUCCUACACUAAAGAGGAUAGGCCUCCCAUGCAUACAUUGACUAAGUCAAGGCUCCAGCCAAUCUAUGGUCAGCAACAACAGACAGCACCCUCCCUGAGGCCACCCCAACCCUUUCCUAUUAUGACUGGAGGCUCCUCACUCAGUUUGAAUCAGGGGACUGUUUACCAAAAUCUGCCCAAACCAGCAGAAAGAAAAACUGUAGAUCCUCAGAUUGACUCUAACAUGCUAGACAUUUUGGGUAAGAUGAUGAGUGAAAUCCAAAUCAUGAAAGAUCAGAUUCAGGCUUCUACACCUGUUAGACCACAGAUAAAUCCAGCCCAGUGGCGUGAGUGCAACUACCCAAGUCCCUCUCCUUUGAAGCAUUCUGAGGAAACCAGUUCCAUUCCUUAUCAGAGAAGAGCUCAGCCACUAGCGGGUCACCAGCCAGAUAAUCCUGUCUCUCAUCAGUAUUCGAGAACAUUAUAUGAGCACCCUGGAGAUACUUUUACACAUCCUGAGAAAGUGCAUUUUCAGUCCAAGCAGACCGUUGGGCCGAAACCAGCACAGAGAGCUCUUUAUUUCUCAAACACGAAUCCUGCAGGACGGGAAACAACAUACCGUGGUCCAGUGCCAACCAUACCAGACUUUAGCACCAAAGAUCCUAGUGAGUUUACACGGUUGAAAAUAGCCCUUGAGAACCUCUUACCACCUGACGCUACAGAACUAUUCAGAUACCAAAUCCUGUUAGAUCAUCUGAGACUGGAUGAAGCUUGCCUGGUGGCAGACUCUUACCUCAAUUCGUCAUUCCCAUACUCAGACACCAUAGCUGCCCUAAAUGAAAGGUUCGGCCAGCCACACAAGUUGGCCCUUAAGAAGAUCGCCAAAGUGAUGGAUUCCCCAGACAUAAGGCGAGGAGAUACUGAGGCAUUUGACAAUUUUGCUUUGCAGAUAAGGGCUCUUGUUGGUAUGCUGGAGACUCUUGGAGAUAAAGGUGAAGCUGAGCUUCAAUGCGGGUCACAUGUGGAGCGACUACUAAGUAAGUUGCCUGCUGAGAUGAGAUCAGGAUUCCGAAGACAGAUGUACCACCGUCCUGGGUCAGUGUAUAACCUUCGUGAGUUCUCUGAAUGGUUACAGUAUGAGGCCUGGUGCCAGAGCAGUGAAGCACAGGUCAGUUACAAAGUCCAGAGAGUGGAACAGAAAUCAGAGCGCAGACGAGAGACAAAACCAGCUGCACGUUCAGCCACUAUCCUCCUUGGAGCUGAGGACAUUGUUGUUAAGGCACCUAUUGAGCCAUGUCAAGCCAAGCCAGCUAGAGCGGAGACCAAAAUUUCACCUAAAGCCUUUUGCCCAUACUGCGAUAAAGAGGACCAUUAUCUUAGUCAGUGUGCAACUUUUAAGUCCUUCAGUAAACAACAAAUGAUAGUCUGGAUCCGAACAAAUCAUCGGUGCUGGCGUUGUGGGCGGACACACCAGGCAGCUCAAUGCACACUUAAGAAGCCUUGCAGUAUCUGUCGGGGUAAGCACUUGCAAAUCUUACAUGAGGUCAACACCAAGGCUGCCAAAGAAGAUUCCUGCCUUGUCAGCUCGACUGCAGAGACCCUGUACUUGGAUAGACCCACUGACUGCAGACGUGUUCUCCUGAAAGUCAUCAGAGUCUUUCUACGCAGAAAAAACACUCGACACCUAUGCUGUCAUGGAUGACGGGUCGGAGCGGACUAUACUUCUUCCUGAUGCCGCCAGUGGGCUCGGAAUACAAGGCCAAGCUGAAAGCAUAGCUUUACGGACAAUUCGCCAAGAGGUGCAGACUGUCAGUGGUGCGUCGAUUUCCUUUCACAUAUCUCCAGCAAAUCAGCCUCAGAAGAUGUUUAAGAUUACAGCUGCCUUUACUGCCAAACGCCUUGGUUUGGCUAAUCACUCGUAUCCUUUGAGCAUCUUUAAGAAAUAUAAACACCUGAGAGAUCUCCCUCUGCACACCUUUGAAAAAGUAUGUCCUCUACUGCUCAUUGGGGCUGAUAAUACCCACCUGAUAACACCAAUAGAACCUGUCCGUCUUGGCCCACCCGGUGGUCCGGCUGCCAUUAAAACAAGGCUUGGAUGGACCCUGCAGGGACCAGUUAAGCUCCUGGAGACUCAGUUGCAGCCACAACAGUGCCUUUUCCUGUCUCUUAGUCCCGCAGAACUGGAACUCAAACGAGAUGUUGAGAAGUUAUGGCAACUUGACGUUCUGCCUUUCCGAAGUGAGAAGCAGGUCACAAGAUCCAGGGAGGAUCGGCAAGCCAUCAACCUUCUAGAGACCAAGACAACUCGUGUGGAGGUAAAUGGGAUAUUACGCUAUGCGACACCCUUGCUGCGCAGAAAAGAUUUUCCCUUUUUCCAUGCUCCGAAGGAGGCGGUGCUGCCAAGCCUCAGAAAUAUGGAGCGACGACUGAUUCAAACUCCUGAGAAAGCAGCCAUAUACAACACAGAGAUAGAGAAGUUGGAACUGAGUGGCGCAGCUUCUAGACUUCCCCCAGAAGGAGGCAAUGUAACAGGGGAGUCUUGGUAUAUACCACACCAUU